GAAGAACACCUGCUUGGAAUGUGACAUAACGGAAACGUUAUUUUUAUUAUUUAUUGAACAUGGCACUAAGCCAGUGUUUGGGGACAUGUCUAAGCAACUAUACUUUGUUCAAAGUUGAAAGCAGACGAUCUUCUGUUGAUAACAAGCUAGCACGCCCCUAAUGCAAACAAUUAUAUGACAACAGAUUCAAUAUCUUGAUCAUAACAGACUCGAAAUGCUUGUGUUGACAAGAAGCAUGCACAGUCCAGAAAGAAGAGAGAAUUUGGAAGGAAAAAGAGAAGAAAAUGCACGCAGCAAGGCCAGGUAGGGAGCUUUCCGGAUUCCUAGAUAUGCAUGGAGGCGUUUUAAACUGUCAAAUUCAUAUACAACUUAAACGUUUCAAGUACCAAUAUCAAUCUAUAUAUCCAGAAUACCAGACGAUCGAGACGUCCCUCCAGAUCCCCUAGACUGGAGGUUCAUGUAUAUAGAUAAAAGCAAAAUGAAAUCGAAGAAUCAGAGUGAUAUAUCUCCUCAAUUCAAGUUCCUCAGGGAAAAUCUAGAAGGAAAAAUGGCAGGAAGCUCGUCCUCUAAUAACAUUCUCUUUGUUGAUGAUUUCUACUUCUCAGCUCUCUGUGACGAUGAAGAAUUAUUUCCAAUCUCUGAUGAAAAAUACGCGCAAGAGUUACAGUUCCAAGAGGCUCUCAUGUCCUCAGUAUUAUAUUCAACAACCAAAAGCGAGUCACCAGGCCUAGGAGUGGAGCAGGAAGAGAAUCCCUCUCCCACGAAAAAAUUUGAAGCAAAGGAAAAAGAAACCGGUCAAUCUUCUCAAAGCUUCUGCACCAUUUGCAUGGAUGGGAAACAGACCGAAGAAAUGUUCAGAAACAGCAACUGCAGCCACUCGUUCUGUGCCGACUGCAUUGGCUCAUAUGUUGCAGUAAAGAUACAGGAAAGUAUAACAAUGGUGAAGUGCCCUGAUCCGAAAUGCAAAGGUCUCUUGGAGCUCCAUUCUUGCCGUUCCAUUAUUCCAAAAGAAGUGUUUGAUCGAUGGGAAGAUGCCCUUUGUGAGUCCUUACUUCUUGGGUCGCAGAAAUUUUACUGCCCCUUCAAGGACUGUUCGGCAAUGUUAGUCGAUGAUGGAGAAGAUCAGGCGGUUUCUUCCUCGGAGUGUCCCAAUUGUCAUAGACUGUUCUGUGCACAGUGCAAGGUACCAUGGCAUGCAGGAAUUGAAUGUGUGGAAUUUCAGAAACUAAAUAAAGACGAAAGAGAGAGGGAUGAUAUAAUGGUGAUGGAGCUUGCUAAGAAAAAGAAAUGGAAAAGAUGUCCCCGUUGCAAAUUCUACGUUGAAAAGGUGCAGGGCUGCUUGCACAUUGCAUGCAGGUGUGGUUUUCACUUUUGCUAUAUGGCUGCGGAUCCUUAUGGAGUGAAGUGCACUUAUGCUUACAAAUUUAAUUAA